ACGCACAUGGCCUUGAAAAUUUGCCAAAACAUUGUGCACAAAUACAGGGCAUGCAACUCCAUUCACUCAGCAUCUACGAGCAUAAACGAUCAAUCACACGAGUACUAGGAGCAGCUGGUGUUUGUAUUUUCCAAAAAAUGAGUGGACUGAAAUCUUCGUGGCCGGAAGUGGUGGGACUGACAAUCGAUGAUGCCAGGCAGAAGAUCCUCAACGACCGACCAGAUGUGAGGGUGGUUGUUGUGCCACCCGCCGCCCCAACCAAGGAGUUUAACAACAAACGAGUCAUCGUCUACGUGAACUCUACUGGCAAUGUCAUGCAGAUCCCCGUGAUUGCCUAGGCAUAGAUGUGCCGAUCGAUCAAGGCGGUGUUUUUCCUACAUAGUCGUAUUUCCAUGUGGCUAUUUGUUCUGUGUUAGCUAUGGGAAAAAUGUUGUGUCACUACGUAUUCCACCGCAGCAAAUAAACCAUUGUCGCCAGCAAUAAAAUAGUAUCAUUACUAUCA